CCGCUUAUGUCAAAUCUGCUUUGGGUGUUGAAUAACCUAUGUUUUUAUUAAAAUUUUAAUUCUUCAUUAUUCUUAAAUAAAAAUGCGUUUUACGAACAAAUUAUGUGCCCAGCAUUUGGGAUGGAUGUUCAAAAAGCAUUGGUUAAUUCAAGGCAAACGUGUAGCUCGCGACACUGGGGCAGCAGCAGAACUUGAAAAGCUGGGAAUCGCAGUUUGUGACCCGAAGGAUGUUCUCAAAGAACAACGACCGAAAACAGAACAUAAAAUGUUAGUUUUUGAAGACCAACGAGUCACCGAAAUUCCUCAAGAUGCAACCCAUCCCGAUUGGCAUUCAAAACCGUGUCACAUCUUUGGCGACUCGAAUGUCCUACUGGAGGGUGUUGCACAAGCACAAGUUCUAACCAAGUCAAUUGAAAUCGAAGGAUUUCCAAAAAACAUCGAGGAAACUAUCAAUAAAAUGCAAUUGAAUAGCAAUGUUGAUAAGAAUGUCCAGAACUCUAUAAUGCUGUCGCACGUCUUCGAUGCGGAGCAGGUGAAAUUACCUAAAAUUAAGAUUCCCGAAAGGCCUGCUUUUAAUUUGCCAAGAGAAUACGGAAUUUCAUAUAGCAGAAGGAGACGUCUUCUAAUUAAUAAACUAAUUUUUGAGUGCGAGAAGCUUUCGGGCAACUCUGUGACUUCUCGGAGGCAAAUCUUCGACAAUGCAAACUUCAAUGUAAACCUCUUGAAAGAUGAUGACUUGCUGCAGUUUGAACUCUGUGCUGAAACUCUCAUGACAGCGACAAAGCCAAUUGAAGCGGUCAAAGGAAAGUAUGAAGGUGAAAUCCCCGACUUGUAUCCCAUCAAACACACCAUCACAAUCCCCAAGAGAAACAUUUAUGCACCCAAAAAUAGCUACCCACUCCGAAGCGCCCUAUCGUGUAGCCAUCCUCACACAAUUUUCAUUCACUUCGAUAAGGAAAAUGUUAAGAACUUACAUGGAACUCCAGUGUCAACGACUCAGUUCCAAUCGAGGAACCUAAUGAAAGCAUUUACUGUUGCGUCUGCUAGAGCUAAGCAGCUCUAUGGGGAUUCUGUGGAGCAACUUCCAAAGCCUAUUGUUGUCCAAAGUAUCCAAACCGAUGGAAAAACUUUCCAUUUCGGGGUGUUCCAGCUAAACACUUUGCAAUUGAAUGGAUCCGAUGGCACAAAGAACUAUUGGUUCCAUUUACCAAAUGUUGACCUGUUUUCCGAAUGCACAUACAAAGUGGGUCGGCCGAUUCUUGAGGGAUACAAUAAGGACUGCUUCCGUUAUUUGAAAGCUUUUUAUAGUAAUUGUUAAAGGAAUUCUAAUAAAUCUGUCAAACGUUGUUUAUUUAAAUUAAAUAAGUUUAUAAAUAA